AAGAGCAUCUUUUGGGACAGAGUGUCAGGAUCAAAGCAUUUCACCCAGGCGGGGAUUUGUAUAAAAGUCAAGCGCCUUCGGGAGGAAGGACACAGCUGGUCCCUGGGCACGGAGACAGGACAGGCCACCGAGAAAAGGACCGCACUGCCUCGCCCCAAGACGAAGAUGUUGUGCCGGCUGCAUCUCACCGCACCUCGUAGCCCGCUGAGGAGCCGGGCUUUGUGGCCACGGGCCGGGUCGCUCUUUGACGAGCUGGAACGUGAAAUGGAUGCCAUGUGGGAGCUCCUGAGCAGCAACUGGCCGGCGGCAAGAAACGGCGUCACCGCCACCAGCCGCGGAACUGUCCCCAGCACGGCCCCAGCCAGCGCUGCUGGAACCUUUGCAGUGACUCAAGACAUGGCUGGCUUUGACCCCCGGGAGCUGGUGGUGAAGUUAGUCGGCGAGAAGGUGGUGCUGACGGGCAAGAAGGCCACGCAGACGCCCCACGGACCCUUCCGCUACGAGCUCUUCCGGAGGGAAUGGGACGUCCCGGAGAGCGUGGACCGCGAGCAGCUGAGCUGCUCCAUUUCCAGCGAGGGACAGCUGCGGAUCGAAGCGCCCUCCUUGCCGUCGGAGCCGGCCUCCAGAACGGUGCACAUCGAGGUCAGCGGAGCGGAGAACGGCGCGCAGGCCGAGCCAGGAUCCAGGCCCACAGAGAGCAGCCGGGCCAAGGCGUGACAGGGAUUGGACUGGAGAGACGCACUUUAAAAACUUAAAACAAAAAGCUUGCUGGAAACUAUUUAUCUGUCCUGCUAAUAAAUAUUCUUUUAAUACUGCC